CCUGAACCAGGAAGUGCAGUGUCAUGUGAUGUAAAAAAUGGCUUCGGUGCAGUGGCGUUCUCGUGGGCGUAACUAUGAGGCAGAGCUGCAGAGGUGUCAUCAUGAGGCGGUCCCUGUCGAGUUCGGAGACUACCAUCCUCUUAAACCUAUCAUGGUCACAGAUACCAAGACCCGUCGUGGAACACGUAAAGGCAGCACCUCAUCGUCAUCCUCCUCCUCCUCUUCAGCACCCGCGGACCCUCUCAGCUCCAUGCUGGAUGGGACAGACCCCCUGUCCAUGUUUGCUGCUGCCUCCUCCGGCGAGACGUCGGCCAUGUCCCACAGCAGCUCCACUGGGGAUCUUGGGAGGAAGAAAAGAAAUAAAGAGGAAGAGGUGCUUGGAGCAGACUUUGAGCCCUGGUCAACAAAACGAGGAGAAAUCCUGGCCAGGUUCACCACCACUGAAAAACUCUCAAUUAAUCUCUUUAUGGGCUCUGACAAAGCUCCCAAUCCAGGAUCAUCGGCUGUUUCAGAGAAAGUUCGCACUCGGUUGGAGGAGCUGGAUGACUUGGAGGAGGGUUCCCAGAGGCAGCUGCUGAACCUCUCUCAACAGGAUUAUGCUAAUCGAAUCGAGGAGCUCAACCAGUCCCUGAAGGAGGCCUGGUCCACUGACCAGAAGGUCAAAGCCCUGAAAAUUGUCAUCCAGUGCUCCAAGCUUCUGUCUGACACGUCUGUGAUCCAGUUCUACCCCAGCAAGUUUGUCCUCAUCACUGAUAUCCUCGACACUUUUGGUCGCCUUGUGUAUGAAAGAAUCUGGACAAUGUGUUCAGACCCCAAACCUUUGCCAGACUCCUUCACAGCUGAAGAUGUGAACGAUACGGCUAAGGAGACGUGCCUUAACUGGUUCUUCAAGAUCGCCUCCAUCAGAGAGCUGCUGCCCAGGCUAUAUGUUGAAACUGCUAUUCUGAAGUGCAACAAUUUCCUCAGCAAAUUAGGAGUUCAGGAGACCCUUCCUCGGUUGACCGCCAUGAUCCGUGGAAUCGGAGACCCUCUUGUUGCCUCGUAUGCCAGAGCUUACCUCUGCAGGGUGGGCAUGGAGGUGGCCCCACACCUGAAGGAGAGUCUAAACGCAAACUUCUUCGACCUGCUCACCACCUUCCGGCAGAUCAGUGGAGACAGCGUCCAGAAGCAGCUGCACAUACAGAGGGUGGAAGUACCGGUGUACCUUACGCUCUACUCACCCGCCAUUAACUGGAUCUUGCAGUGUAUCGCAUACAGAGCUCCAGAGCAACUUCUAACAGAGAUGAUGGAGAGAUGCAAGAUGAUGGCAAAUAAUGCCUUGCUUCUCAACUCAAUAAUGAGAGCGUUCAGACCAGAGUUUGUUGCAACCAGAGCCACCGAUUUCAUCAGUAUGAUCAAGGACUGCGACGAGUCUGGAUUUCCAAAGCAUCUGUUGUACAGAUCUCUGGGUCGCAGUCUGGCCUGUGCGGAUCCUCCAGAGUCUGAGAGGCUGACGAUCCUGAACGACGCUUGGAAGGUCAUCACCAAAGUCCGAAAUCCUCAGGAUUACAUGAACUGUGCUGAGAUCUGGGUGGAGUUCACCUGCCGACACUUUACUAAACGUGAGGUCAACACGGUCCUGGCUGACAUCAUUAAACACAUGACUCCUGACCGAGCGUUCGAGGAUGCCUACCCUGAGCUGCAGUCAGUGAUCAGGAAGAUCCUCACCUACUUCCACGAUUUUUCCACCCUCUUCUCCAUGGAGCGCUUCCUGCCGUUCCUCGACAUGUUCCAGAAGGACAGCGUGAGGGUGGAGGUCUGCAAAUCCAUCAUGGAGGUCUUCAUCAAACAUCAGCUGGAGCUCACCAGGGACCCGGUCAUCCUCAACGCCAUGCUGCACAUCUGCAAAACCAUGCAUGACUCUGUUAACUCUCUCACUCUUGAAGAUGAGAAAAGAUUUUUGGCUCUGCUGAUCAUCGGCUUUGUCCGCAUGGUUUCCUUCGGUCGGGACUUCGAGCAGCAGCUAAGUUUCUGCGUGGAGGCCAGAGCCACAUUCUGCAACCUGGAGCCAGUCCUGGUGCAGCUCAUUCACACGGUGAACCAGCUGGCCAUGGAGACCAGGAGGGUGAUGAGAGGGAAUCACUCCCGGAAAACCGCAGCUUUUGUCAGGGCGUGCGCAGCCUACUGCUUCAUCAGCAUACCGUCUCUUAGCAGCAUUUUCAGUCGCCUCAACCUCUACCUGCUGUCUGGUCAGGUCGCAUUGGCCAACCAGUGUCUCUCUCAGGCGGAUGCGUUCCUAAAGGCAGCAGUCAGUAUCCUUCCAGAGGUUCCUCGCUCCAUCAGUGUGGAGGGGAAGCUUCGAUCCUCUGAGAGCUUCCUGCUGGACUUUAUCAACAACUUCUUGGCUACGCUGCUAGUUGUCCCGGACCAUCCAGAGCACGGGGUGCUCUACUUAGUCCGCGGGCUGCUCAACAUGGUCCAGGACUACACCUGGGAGGAAAACAGUGAUGCCAAAGUGCGGGUUUACAUCAGUGCCCUGCCACUGCUCGCGGCUAUGUGUCAGGAAACCUAUCUCUAUUCCAUUCCCAAAGUGGACUCCAAUGAGACAUUAUAUGGAGGAGACCCAAAGUUCUUGUCAGAGAUCAACAAGCUGUGCGAGACUUUAAUUGGACAGAUUUUGGACCAUCUGAAGGUGCUCACUCGGGAUGAAGGGUUUGACAAAUCCUCCCCUGUGGCUCUGCAACAGAGCGUGCGACGUCAAAGCGCUCUGGCCUUCUCCCUCUUCGGGGUCCUGUUAGCCCAUGGUGAUCUGAGGAACAACAAGCUGAGUCAGCUAUCCAUCAACCUGUGGAACCUGAGCCACAAGCAUGGAUACUGCGAGGCACGGGUUUCUGUUCGGACUCUAGAGUACAUCAAACAUCAGGCUCAGCAGCCUGACAUGGCCCACCUGUCAGACACAAUCCAGAGGCUUGUGCUACAGUCACGUACCUGAAUGUUUGCGCCGUGAAAUGGCUCCUGAAACGAUUCAGUUGUUUUCAUCAAUGUAAAUAAAAAGACUGAAUCUCAA